AUGGCUUCCAGAUUGGAGAAGAUCGGCAGUAUUUACGCUAGAGUCAGUAAUUUAUUAAGUAAAAGAAAACCAGGUUCAAUUGAAAAACCUUUAUGGUUUGAUAUCUACACAAAAUAUCCUCCUAUACAAGAACCUUUAUGGAACAGACCUCCUUUAGAUAUUAAAGUCAAAGAAAUAUUUUAUGAAGAAGAUAAAAUUAGGGCAAAAGUACAUAAAGCUUUAAAAAAUAAAUUGACUCCUUUUAAUUUAGCUGAUAACAGAAACAAUAAUGAAAGUGAAUUACCAAUAAAAUUAUAUCAAGAUUAUGUCUCACAAGGAUUAACAGAAGAUGAAGCUAUACAAAAAUUGACUGAAGAUUUCAAUAAGGAUAAACAAAUAAUGAAAAAUAAAAGUAAAAUGAGAUGGUGCUUGAAUACAUAA